AUGUUAAAGGCAGGUUUACCUAAAUUUUAUUCUACUUUGAUCACAGACCAAGCAAAUCAUUUAUGUACUAAAACAUUUUUAGUAGCAUCUAGAUCCACUUCCCUAAUCUCUCAUUUCUCUACUUCUUCAAUCAAAAAUGAUAAAGUUCCCUACAUCGACACUACCAAUUUAAUGGAUAAAAACGGUAUUGAAACCCCCGAAUUAAUAAAACAAAGAAAACAAAGACCCAUCUCCCCGCAUCUGACCAUCUAUCAACCACAAUUGACAUGGUACCUGUCUUCCUUACAUAGAUUGUCUUUAAUCUUCCUUGGCUUCGCCUUUUAUGGUAUCACCAUGCUAUUCGGUCUAGGUAGUUUAGUAGGCUUAGAUAUCACUACCCAAAAAGUGGUUAACUGGUAUCAUGAUAAAGUCUCAAGAAUGAAUAAAUGGGUCGGCCUGACUAUUAAAGCUGGUUUCGCCUAUUUAUUCGCUUUACAAUACGGUGGUGCUAUUAGACAUUUGAUUUGGGAUACUGCUAGUGAAUUGACUUUAAAAGGUGUUUAUAGAACUGGGUAUGCUUUGAUCGGAUUCACUUUUGCAGCAGGUUCUUAUUUAUUAACUCUAUGA